AUGGAGGAGAUUGGAGUAGAACUUGACAAUGAUCUCACUAUCAAGGUAGAUGACACAGUGUUCAAUAUUCUUGUCCAAGUAGACGACGACUGCUCUCGCACAAAUGAAAUCAACCCAGGUUCCUCAACUUAUCCAUGGACGUCAAUACCGGAAUGUAUCACACAACUCCUAUUCAGCUCGCCUCGCACUCGGUUUUCGGAGGCUCAAAAGAGGGCCAUUCUGGACUGGGCUACUGCACUCGGUGCCAAAGACAUUCUGACACUGUACAGUAUCAAGAAAACCCAAGACUGUAUCCAUGAAUUAGUUGGAAAUCCGACUGAAAAGGUUUGCGCAAAGUCGGGCACCAUGUUUUACCUCAAUUCUGUUGCAAAAGCAAUCGCAAAGAAUUAUGGCAAUCCUCUUACAUGGUUCGCCAUGCAUAAUUACCCAGAAGAAGGAGAUGGAAGGAUGUCGCAAGUUCAUCAUGGCUACAAGAUGAUGCACGACCUCCCUGAUGACCUUUCCCCACCUACAGUCCAUGUAGGAAUCAACAUUUUCUUUGCUGACGAGCUCCUUCAACUGUCGUCCAUGGAAUAUUUUAUUCCAAAGAAGUUUUUUGAGGUAAAGAUAACUCCCGACAACAACACUCAGAUAUUGGCCUUAGGUCACAUUGUUGUGCGGACUGACGUGGGAUUUUCUGUGGAUCUCGAGUGCGUACUCACUCCAGUCUUGUCAUUUGUAUGGACAUUUGAAGAUAUUAAAGGCCAUCCAAAUGAGUUCGAGUGCGGUUUCACAGAAUCAUCUGCAACUCAUGCCUGCCUUAUGCCGAAUCCCCUUCGUGCAAAAUCGGGUGGUCGGAUGGUGCUAACAGUGCCACUCAUCGUCUUCAUGGACGAUGUCUCAGGGAACAUAUCCAAACAGUGGAACAAGCAUCAUGUUGUAUACAUGUUGAACACUGCUUUACCUCGUGAGAUGCUGGAGAAGGAGUUUUCUCUAGAGCAACAGGAUGCUAACCAUAAGAACACAAAAACAGUGCCGCAGCGAGCGAUGGAAUCAUCACUUGGGAUUGCGAACAACCCAAUGCAGGAGGAGUAUGGUGAACUUCGAACAUCUGAAGGCACGAAGAUGGAUAUUUUGAAGCAAAUCGAGCUUUCAAAACUCUCUGGUGGUACAGGAGAAGGCACUCGUGAAGCUGCAACAAUGCACAUACUUGAACAGGAGUUCGAAGACAUGCCUCAUGGAUCACCCCUUGAAGAUCACAUCAAUCCGCUACUUGGUAUGCCUGGUGUCAACAUCCACCAAGACACACCCACCGAGAUUCUUCACACCAUUCUUCUUGGCGUCGUCAAAUAUUUCUGGGGUCAGACUGCUUGGAUACUCGACAAGGGUCAUCUUCUCAACACUUUUGAAGUGCAAUUAGAAUCGAUCAACAAGGAUGGCCUGAACUCCCCAAUGCUUGGUGCAAAUUACAUUUGCCAUUUCAAGGGCAGUCUUAUCGGCAAGCACUUCAAAAGUCUUGCCCAAGUAAUGCCAUAUCUUAUUUAUGAUCUUGUUCCACAAACGGUUCUGAACGGCUGGACGGUGAUUGGCAAACUGGUAGUACUUCUUUGGCACACAUCGAUUGAAAACACAGAGCUUUAUCUUUGCACUCCCAGCAUCCUCAUCACAAAGGCAAAAUUUCACUUCCUGGUCCACAUUCCAGCAUACAUACGAUGUUUUGGUCCUGCUCUCCUCUUUUCUACAGAACAUUUCAAAUCCUUCAAUCAUGUAUUCCGAUUAGCAGCAAUCUACAGUAACCGCCAGGCUCCAAGUUGUGACACGUGCAACACAUUUGCCAUGCAGGACAUUGUCAAGCACAUCAUUACAGGAGGAUUUUGGGUAGAUCCGACAACAAAAAGAUGGGUGAGUGCUGGGAAGGAUAUUAUAGAUUACAUGGAUAAUCAUCCACAUCAACGACACUUGUUGGGGUUUCAUACGACACGACUAAAGCCUGCAGGAUCUUCUCAUUUGCCAACACAGCAGAACGCUCGAGGAAAGUCCGAGGCAAUCCCACCAGUGGACUGGCAUUCGACACACUUAGCGGCAGCCCUAUCCCAUGACAACAAUCUUCUUCGAGUCGCACCAAGCAAGUUCUACAGAGCUGAUCCGUUCACAGCAGUCAAUCAAGAUAAAGUCAUAGAAAUUCUCAUUCAGCAAGGAAAGACCUGUCUCAUUGCGGAUCACGUAGUCGUCACCUGCUUGGCAUUCUCGCCAGAUCUCCACCCUCAGCUCAGUGUCCCAUGUCUGGAACUUGUUCCUGAAGAUGAAGUUGUUGUGGCACCCAAGAACAUCCUGUGUGCGGUCAAUGUACAACAUGAUUGCAUUGCAUUGGAUUCCAACUGCAAUAUUCAGUACAUCCGUGAGAAACAGGAGCGCACUGAGACAACGAAGACCAAAUGUGUCACUCAGCAUACAGCAAAUAAUGCUUAUGUUCUCAACACUCAUUCUCUCCACAAUUAUUUGCUCAUUUCAGCUGUCAUUCCGCCUGAAAUUCAUGUUUAA